UCCUUCCUUUCCUCCAUCUCCAUCCUCCAUCUCCUCUCCUUCCUCGCGACCUUCAGCGCUAAUGGUGCUCCGAGCCUCAAAGUCUCGCCUCCCAGCGGCGAAGCACAUCGUUCCGCCUCGAAGUUCUUCAUCCUCGCCAUCGACUCUUUGGACGCCGACGUCAGCGCUCAAGGCUGAGCCGUCUUCUCGGCGUGGCCCAUCGCGCCCUUCUUGCUCGCGCCGCUUCACAACGUCAAUACCCGUCCUACACCCACGUCCAUCUGCUGCGAACGCAACGUCUGCGUCCUCUUCGUUAUCAGCCUCGGAGCUUCCCAUCGAGCAUACAGAUGUGGCCAUUCUCGGAGGCGGAGUAGUCGGUCUCGCCCUUGCCGCCUCCCUCGCCUCAUCGCAACGCUCGUCGGGCAGCAAUGGCGAUUCUCCCCUGCGUAUUGUCCUCCUAGAAGCGUCAGACCUCAAUCGUCUACGAGAAUGGGCGGCAAAGGCAGGGCCGCAGCAGUCUUCUGCGCAGGGCCACGACGGCAUACAGUGGGAGAAUCGCGUCGUCAGCCUGACGAUGGAGAAUUGGACUUGGCUCGAGUCGAUGGGCAUUACAGAGUACAUUGUUCAGGAGCGCAUCAAGCCCAUCACGGCGAUGCAUGUCACAGAUGGCCUGUCCGGAGCAACGCUCGAUCUUGGCGAAGCAGUAGGCGGCGCUGCCUCCUCGUCCUCGUCCUCGUCGCAGCAGCAGCUCAGCAACAUGGUCGAGCUCUCCAAUCUUCAGCAAGCUCUACUGCGCUACAUUGACGAGAAAGCGAGCCAGGGAGCAGUACAGGUCGAGAUUUGGGACAAGACCAAAGUAGAAGAUGUAGCGCCGGACAUGGGAUCCGCAGCCGAAGGAGCUUACAUCGACGCCUGGCCUCUUAUGUCCCUCUCGAGCUCCUCGCAGCAGCGUCAGCUACGCCCGCGCCUCCUCGUCGGAGCAGAUGGUCCUUCCUCUCCUGUGCGCAAGUAUGCCGGCAUUGCCAAAUCCGGUUGGCCAUACGAUCGUCGCGGCCUCGUAGGCACGCUGCGCUUCGACGAAUCCGAGUCGCAGCAGAGAGGUCACACCAUUGCCUAUCAACGCUUCUUGCCCAGCGGGACAAUUGCUUGGCUACCACUUUCGACAAGUAGCGCGAGCAUGGUCUGGACGCUGCCGCCAGAAAUAGCUCAGGCCCUCACAGAGAUGCACAAAGCGACCUCUGCCUCGUCAGACGGGCAUUCUUCACGCUCCGUCCUCGCCGAUCUCGUCACAGCAGCCUGGCGUCUUCCCUGGUCCUCACUCUCCCGCCUCUUCUCCCUCAUCACAUCUUCUGGCCCUUCGCUCAACCCACAGCUACUGCGAUCAGAAAUUGCGGCUCACCUCGCCGAGGCAGCCCAGUCAGGUAGAGCCGUGCCAGAGGACGAGUGCCCACCACCGAUAGACGUAGAUAUCGAUGCAAGGAGCGUUGCGAGCUUCCCAUUGCAGGUUGCACACGCGGAGGCGUACCUAGGCAGCUCACUGCUGGCAAAGCAGGCAACGAGCUCUCCCGUGGUGCCGGACGUGGCCAGCUUGGUACGAGAUGUAGGAGCUUGGACCACGCGCCUCGCGGCCAGCUUCGGUGCCACUCAACCGGCUGCGACUGAGGCGCUCUCCCCUACUCCCCGCGCUCGUACGGUCCUAAUUGGCGAUGCGGCUCACUCUGUCCACCCUCUCGCUGGUCAAGGUCUCAAUCUGGGUGUAGCAGAUGUUCGCUCCCUUACCUCUGUCCUACAUUCCGCCUUACAAGUCGGAGAAGACGUUGGCUCGCACGAGGCCCUUCGCCCUUAUGAAGAGGAGCGAUGGUGGCGCAAUGCGGCUAUGCUCCUGGCGGUGGACCGUCUGCACUUCAUCUAUGGUGCGCCUGUGCCAAAGCGUCUUCUUGGGGGCAGCGUGGGCGAGGCAGAGGGCAGACCGGCAGUCCUUGAUGCCUUUUAUGAGGCAAAGGUGUGGGCUAGAAGUACGGGCGUGGAGGUGCUGAAUGAGCUGGAUUUGGUGAAGGGUGUGAUGCAGCGAUUUGCGGGCAGCAAGGGCAAUGGAGCCUCGAUGCCUGGCAAAGCUGCGACGACAACGAAGCCUUGGCCGACGUCGAAGGUGAGGACGAGCGGAGUGGACCCUCAGGCACGAUCGCCUGCUGAUGCUGCGAGGUAGGGGAACACGACGUAGAGGAGCGCAAAGAGGAUCAGGUCGGUCAUCAUA